AUGGCUGCAGCAAACAUGCAGCAGCGGCCGAAGCAGCAGCAGCAACUGCUGCUGCUGCUGCUGCUGCUGCUCCUUCUGCUGCACAUGCAGCCCACUCUCAUGGCUAGGGUGCCCUCGCCGUGCUUUAUUCGCACAGAUGUUGCGGCUCCUGCUGCAGCUCCUGCUGCAGCUGCUGCUCCUCUUGUGGCUACAGCAGCAGCAACUGCUGCUGCCUGUGCGGGUUACCCCCGGCUUCCCGUACGCCAGACUCUCGUACAGCAGCGCCUCAGGUGCAGCAGCAGCAGCAGCAGCAGCAGCAGCAACAGCACCAACAGCAGUAUCGGCGGAGGGACGGCAAGCUCUGCAGACGAAGAGCUGCAGCUAAUAGCUGGGAUAGAAGCCCACGUGCAGCUCGCCACCAGCAGCAAGGCGUUUUGCUGCUGCCCGGCGUAUCCCCCUGUUGCUGCUGCUGCUGCUGCUGCGGGGCCUGAGGGAGAGCAGCGUCUGCUGCUGCAGCACGAGCAUGAGGAGGCGCCGUCGGCGCUGCCGUGGAUCCAGCAGCAGCAGCAAGAGCAGCAGCGGUGGCAACAGCAGCAGCAGCAGCAGCAGCAGCUGCCCGCGUGCUGCUUGCCGAACUCAAGGACUUGUCCCAUUUGCCUGGGAGAUGGGGGGGCUCUUCCUUCUCCCAAUAGAAAGGCAGUCGAGUUGGCACUUGCUGCUGCGCUGCUGAUGCAUUGCAACACCGCUGACGUGCUGCUUUUCGACCGCAAGUGCUACGUGUACCCUGACCUUGCAAAGCGGUACCAAAUUACGCAGACUUUCAACCCGAUUGGCUACGACGGUUUCGUCGAAAUUCCCUCUGGGCGAAAAGUGCAAAUUCAGAAAGUUCAGCUUGAGGAGGACACAGCCACAAUGAAGCGGGGGGAAGACGGCCAUGUAGAGUUGGACAGCAACAGAGCGGGAACUCCUUUGAUAGAAGUAGUAACCAGGGCGGAGCCUCUGUCUCCCGCGGAAGCAACCGACUUUGUGUACGAGUUGUUUACGGAUCUGCGCAAUGCGGGCAUCUGCCGCGGCGAAAUGGCCCGCGGCCGAGUCCGCUGCGACUUGAAUGUUUCUUUGCGCUCUCGAAACGCAUGCAAAGACUUCCCGAGGGUGGAAAUAAAAAACGUGCGGAGCCUCAGGGCGAUUCGCCGCGCUUUGCAUGCGGAGGAAAAAAGACAAAAAGACAUAAUUGCAAAGGGGCAGGAGAUAGAGCCCGAAACGCGGCACUGGGAUGACGCACUGAAAGUCAAUUCGUCUUGGGUCUUCUUUCCAUUUGAGGAGACGCAGAUACCUCCUGUGUCUCUUGACAAGGAGACGAAGGCAAGAAUUAAAAGGGGCCUCGUGCUCUCCGCGGCGUCCCGCCGCAGUUUAUAUCGGCAGUGGGGUCUUGAGCUGUCUCUGCGGACUGCCAUUGCCAGAGACAUAAAAAUGGCUGAGUUUUAUGAGCAGCUAGUUGCUGCUGGGGCCCCCCCAGUGCGAAGUGCAGUUUUCCUUUUGAAUGAUCUUCACGCAGCCCUUCGAGGGGUUUCUCCUUUGAGGCCUAUUGAGUGGGUUCUCAGAGCUGGCGAUUUGGCCCCUGCGCUUUGUGCUGCGGAGAGAAAGUCUUUAAGCAACAAGAGAACGCAAGAGGAAACAGCAACAGCAGCCAAGGAGGCUCUUGAAGAGCUCAUAAGAAAAUCAAAGAAGAAGCAGCCCGGGGCGCUCGUGGGCGAGCUGCUGUCCAUACACCCUGGGCUCUGCCCCCGCACUGCCAGAAAACUUGUAGAGGAAGCUUUGGCUAGCCAGGGCUUUGCUAGCCACAGCUAG